AUGUUCUCAAAACAAUCAGAACUUGUCCUCCCUGAUCUAUCUCCAGACUUACGAGACGAGUUUGACUGGAAGGUGGGCUCACUGAGAUCCUUCGACUUCCCUCUGAACAUUACGUCGCUCGCAAUCGAACCUGUAAACGGUCUUCUGGGAAUCGGAACUAGCAGUGGCGAUGUACAUAUCUUUGGUCGUCCAGGUGUCGAAUCCAUAUUACAUUUACCGCAGCCUGUCGAUGUUCGCUUCCUCCAAUUCUCGGUCUCGACAUCCAAUAUUGUCUGCCUUGAUGGUAAUAAUCAACUUCAUGUUUAUAGUCUUGCGGAGUAUGGAAGACCGAAACAUGUCUCUUCUUCAAGAUUUGACCAAACGAAUUCCAUCACACUCUCUCCUUCACAUACCCAUGUUUUCCUCGCAUCCCAAAGUGGAGAGAUCAAAACAUACGAUUUGACGUGCCUACGCAAAUCGCCGUACACCACACCCAAUCUCUGGAAGUUAUACGAAGAGAAAUUGGCCGCCAGUGGUAUGCCAUCGUUGGCACCCAAUUUUCCGUAUGUUGUUGAGAUCGUGAUUCACCCCAGAAAUUUAGACCUUUUGUUUGUGGCAUAUUCAGGUGGGGUAGUACUAACUGACCUCACUGAACGAAAUACAAUCCGUGUCUAUGAACUAACUCUGUCCCCUGGUGCUCCGGGUGGCUCUGGAUAUGCCGUGGAUGAUAUCCUCACUCAUCGAAGAAUCAUGGUGACUUGUCUAGCCAUCCACCCCUCUGGACAUAUGUUGGCUGUCGGCUACGCAGAUGGGUCUAUUGCUUUCUGGGCUGUAGAAGAUGACAACAAACCAAUUCUAGUCCGCACUUUGGACACAAUCGACGUCAACGUGAUCCAAGCCGACCUGUUAGAGAAACAUCUCUCAAAUUCCGGUCAAUCCAAGCAUCCAUCAUCGUUACCAGAACCAAUAUUCAAACUUUCAUGGAGUAGUUUCGAGAAUUCAUCGGACCCGCGUGGUGGUGAAACAGUCCUCACCGUGCUCGGUGGACUUGAUUCUGAUAAACCUCCUGGUCUUACGACCUUGCUCUUGCCGGCGUUUAACCCUCCGGAACCGCCUUCCGACUCUCCCGUACCUGGACAAGAUACUCUUCAUCCUUUCUUCCGUGAUGCUAUGCACCAAUCGUUGACGCCGAAAAAGUCUUUCUAUUACGAAACAAAAGGUGUUAUUCAGGAUUACUUGUUGUUACCAAGGGCUAGUCCCCACUUUGGAGGAAGUUAUGACCCCUAUGGGAUUUUGCUUAUUUCGGAAUCAAAUGAGAUGCGGACUGUAGAAGGGUAUCAAUUUCCUCCUCCGGGCUUCAUCACGACCGCCGCUACAUCGUCUAAAGUUGUAAAAAAUAUAUCAACAGAUGAAGGAACCCUUAGUCCCCCUUCUCCGACACCUUUGCCGGUAUCCCCAAGUCAUGUCAACCAUACCCCUUUACCCAUGACAUUGCCUACUGCAUUGCUGGCUGGCCAUGCUGGUAUUCUUGGCGGACAGUUGAUAAAACUGCCUAAUGACAUCUACGACAAUUUCAUUAGCCACAAAACAAUUUUUGACAUUCGACUUAAUUUGCAAGGCGGCCAAGCGCAACCCGACCCCGCGAAGGCAAAUGAACUGAAACUCUCCAAAUAUCAGCCGCGCAGAGUCUUGAUGAGCUAUAACAAAGACUUGAGCAUUCGGUUUUUUGAUUUCAGCACACAGCUAUUGAUUCCUUCGGCUGCCUCUGAUCACCUAGAAAACGAUUGGCCAGAACCUAUUCCUGGCUUGACCAUUCAACUCUAUGAGAUACUCGAAGACCCCGGUAUCGCUCAGAUCUUUGGCAAUGCUCUUCCUUCUCUCUCUAUUCAGUCUGUUCUCAUUGCGUCAGAAGCGCUGGAACUGGCCAUUCUGAUGAAAAGCGGAGAAGUCAUUGUUUACAAUUCGUCUUCACAUAGAUCUAUGGUACGAUCAUUAAAUCAAACAACGGAUCCUCAAAUUGUCAUGUUGGAUCAUUUAUGUCCUCGUCCUGGGUGCAGGCUUGCACCUUACUUUAUGUUCGUUCCUAGGAAAGGACCUGUGGAGGCUUGCGCUCUUGCUGACACUGGUUUCUUAGCAAUGUCUUACAAGGAUGGAUCAUUGUUCGCAAUUGAUAUGCGUGGACCUACUGUGAUUCUUGCACGAGGGACAGACAAAAGACAAAAACGCACUUCCGCUUUGAGUUCUGGACAUUUGGUUUCUCCUCUUGGCCAUGGCUCAGGACUCGACGUUGUCAUGUCACUGACAUGGGCCGUUGCUCACCUAGAGAAAGACCCAAGUCUUGGUGUGAGACUUAUAGCUGGACAUCAAUCAGGUCAUGCGGAGGUGUACACUCUAGUUCAUUCCGGCAACCAUUCAUCGUGGAGUAUCGCUGGGGAGCCCAUGGUAGCCAAAGUUAUGCCUGAUCCUAUCACUGGUGGCACAUUUGUUCUUGAUAGCAAAUCGGGCGCACAGUGUAAAGUUGAUCGUACCCGGCUUGGUGCUGCUAUGAAAGGAACCAACAGCUCUAGGGAUUCACAUUGCAUCUUGGUGUCGGUGGGCGUUAAGGGUGCCCGUACCACUGUCGACAUUACGGGAGCAAAGGUAGGGAAAGUGGAUUGGGGAAAUAAGCAUGGCUCUGUACAGGAUGCACGUAUAGUGGAGCAUGCUGAUUCGCGCACUCUCGUCAUUCAAACAGAUCGGCACAUGGCGGUAAUAUAUUCACUACCUCAUCUAGAACAUGUUCAUACGGUUCAACUUCCCGUCAUUACUUCGUUGCCACUCUCCAUUGAUGAAAGUGGAGAUUUCAUCGCCUGGACUCUAGCAGCUCAAGCUCGAUCAGCUGGUGUAAUGCAAUCGGCAACAUAUGGUACAUUUUUCGACGUUCGACGCGCCUAUACGUUGCCAGUUAUCGAUUUUAUGAUUGGCCGAGGCACUAUUCCACCUCAACCGCAACCUGUACCUCUAGGGCCUACGUCAAUUCUAGGCUCGUGGUUUACAUAUAACCAGACUAAAACUGGUCAACAGAUAGACGAAUUACUGGGUGGACCCAGUAGACCAAUUCCAGUCAAACCUAGUCCUGCAUCCACUUCCAAGGACACUCCAGCAGAAGGAUCUUCUAGUCCUGGUUCAGGAAUCAUUGCCGGGGCAGCUGCAGUUCAGGCAAACCUUUACAAUAGAUUUGCCGCCGCGAUGAAUGAAAGAGGACAACUGUUGGGAGAUCUGAACGAACGAUUUAAUUCUCUGGAAGAGGGUAGUAGAAAUAUGGUGGCACAGGCUAAAAGUCUUGCUGCCAAACAGACUGCCAAAUCGUGGUUUGGUUUAUAG